AUGAACCAGCGACAGCGGCAGGGCGAGGCGACAGAUGGCUCCAGUCGUAAAAGUCGUGUCGCCAUCAUUGGGACUGGAUUAGCUGGGCUAACGACUGCCUAUCUUGUCCACCAUGAUGAGCGAAAGCGGUACGGCGUGACGCUUUUUGAACAGGCAGACACGCUAUCGCUCGACGCCGCAUCUAUCACGCUCAGCAAUGCAAAGACGGGCAAAAAUGAGCGCGUGGACGUUCCACCGCGUAGCUUUUGCAAAGGCUACUACAACAACCUUUGUCGCAUGUACGAGCACCUAGGUAUUGGCUUUCAACGGAUCCGCCUCGUCUGGGUCUACACAAAGGCCUCUGCGACAUCACAAUAUGAGCCGCCACCCGAACCAAGAGAUGCAGAGACGAUACCGGACUCCUACUUCGUCUAUAACAGGAGGCUGCACGAACUUUUGCUGUUAUCACCAAAUUUCUGGCACAGCUCCCUGCGGCAGAUCCUCCAAACGUUUUAUCUGGCGAUAUGCCACAUGUGGUUCUUCGUGGCCUGCUUUCUUCUCCAGCCAUGGACGAGCCAAUCAGAGCCUUGCUCGGAUGUCGAUGCUGAUACGAAGUCAUCCAGCGACUCGGAAACCUUUCAUCACUAUCUACAAAGGAUACGACUGCCACGACAAUACGCAGUGUAUUAUCUCCUCCCCGUGCUGAGCAUCAUAUGUAGUUGUUCACACGCUGAAAUGAUGGAUUUUCCAGCAAGUGACGUCGUUGAUUUCGUAAAGGGGUCUUUCUUUCGAAAAACAUUUGUUCCUCAGGGAGGUGUCAACCGCGUCCAAUCGACACUAUCCAAGGGAAUCGAAGACGUUCGCCUGGGAGCACGGGUUACCCAGGUGACUCGAGUCGACCAAGGCAUGCUCGUGCGCUGGGAACAAGCAAAGGACGGAAGAUCCUCUUCCUCGGAAGAGAUAUUUGAUCGCGUGGUGCUCGCUGUAUCUCCAAACGUUGCUGCCACCAUUUUCAGCCCGUCCAGAUCCACGCUGGGCGUGAUCCCAACGGCUCCCGUCACAAGCUCGAUCCUCGCCCCGCCUUCCGGGGGCGUAUCCCUUGCCCGCGGCGAGGGACAAACGCCGUCCGGAGAAUGCUCGUAUCGUGGGGGCGAUGCCCAGAUUAUGGAAUUCAGGACCGCCUUCCAUGGCGGCACUGCCCAGUCCGAGUCGUUCCAUUUCCUGCCCAGCGGAGUGGUCAUCAGGACAAGUCCUUCUGCCUGCAUUGCAGAAUCUAAGGGAAGCUUGCACACGUCAAAAUUCACCCGAACACUACGGACCAUACGGAGUAGGAGCAUGGUGGAAAGGGUGAUGGGCAAGGACACAUCGGCACAUGGCAGUGAGGAUGUGUGGGUGAACGGAAAGGAUAACGUGUGGAUUGUAGGCUCCUGGUGCUGGGAUGGCUUGGUUCUUUUGGAAGGGUGUGUCGUCUCGGCAAUGAAGGUCGCUGAGGAUUUUGGCGUCAGUAUUCCGUGGUCUGAGAAGCAGUAG